AUGGAGAAGAAUGGUGGGGAAGAAGUUAUUCAACUACUGGAUCAUGAGACAGAAGACGAAUCGAUAAAUAUUGACAAGAAUGUAACAGGCAGAAAUCCAAACAACGAUACUGGAUGUUGCUCUGGAACAGAUAAACAACUCCUUGUUUCAAAAUUAUUCUAUUUAUUCUUCUUUUCAGCCUUUGGCUGCGUCGCUCCUUACCUAGCGUUAUAUUUUAAACAGAUAUUUAUCUCGCCACGUCAACUUGGGAUCAUCGUAUCGGUUCGUUCAUUCGUCCAGUUUAUAUUUGCCCCGAUACUGAGUUCUUUAGCCGAGCGUUACAAUAAACGACUUUUGGUAAUUCUUAUUGCUGUUCUAGCUUAUACUGCCUGUUAUGUGACAAUACCGUUUCUUCCAUCGGAUGAAAAACCGCCGGCAUGUCGAUCCAAAGCUACGCCUAAGCAAGAUAGCGACGAUAUUCCGUUAAACACAAGUACUCCCUUGUCGUCAUUGUCGAAACUGAACGAGAUAUCUAUGUCAGUUAACCCGCCGAGAAGUGACGAGGGUGAGGACUAUUAUUAUUUACCAUGGUCGUUGUUUUAUGCACCGCCAGUCGACAAAAAGAAAUCAGAAAGGAACCAUAAUUCUGUUAAACUCUCAGUGACGGAUGUAAAUAAACAUUUGUCCGACACGUCGCCUUUGUAUCUUUCUAUUCUUCUAGUUGUUACUAUAGGUUAUAUAUUUGGCUCGCCAGCUCAAACCUUAGCAGAUAUCGCCACGUUACAGUCCCUAGGAUCUGGGCGUACUCACGAAUAUGGAAGACAAGCUCUCUUUGGUUCCAUUGGGUAUGGACUUGUGUCGUUUAUCGUAGGAGCUUCCGUAAGUGAACUGAAAAUGCAGAAUCCUUGUAGUGGAUCUAUGGACACGAACUACUUUCCCUGUUUUAUAUGCUUUGGUGUCCUGAUGAUCAUAUGCUUUUUCGUAUCAACUGGAUUUCGUUUUCGUGUGAGCGAAAACGACAACUCGAAAAAGAACGAGUCGCCCAGCGACACAAAAAGCAAACGUAAUAUAACUUUUGAAUCGGUUGUGUUUAUUGUCGUAGUAUUUUUCUGUGGAAGUGCAUCUGGAUUUAUUGGAACAUUCCUACUUUGGCACAUUCAUGAGUUAGGCGGUCCACAGCUGCUGUUUAGUUUUGUAAGCCUUUUCAACUCCUCCGCAGAGGUUUUUAUUUAUCAUAUCUCACAUAGACUUGUGACUGCACUUGGUUAUUGCCGUGUUAUCUACCUAGGCCUCAUAUGUUAUGGAAUUCGUUUUUUCUAUUAUUCUUAUUGUGAAAAACCUUGGCUAUUCCUACCAAUAGAACUGAUUCAUGGAAUAACAUCCGCUGCUGUUUGGUCAGCGUUCGUAUAUUACGUGAGCAAUGAUGCUGGAAACACCACCACACUCCAGGGUGUCGUGAGUGGCGUGUACGGUGGGCUUGGUUAUGCAGCGGGGGGAUUAGUCGGGGGAAUUUUAGUUCACGAGUUAGGAACUAGUGCAGCGUUUCUCAUGUUUGGAGAAGCCUGCUUGGUCGUCUUAUGUUUGUUUAUUUUGACCAAUAUCAUUGGAGAAAAACGAGCGAAAGAAAAUGUUAACUCUACAAGCGAAAGCGAAACUGAUAAAGAAAAUAAAGAUUAG